AUGAAGACGUUCGAACGGCCUUUGUCGCUUCUAAAAAGAGUUGCUCCGUUAAAAUCUCUUACAUUGCCUCGGUUGGAGCUCAUGGCUGCAGUAUUGUCAGCAAAAUUAAGUUUUAAUAUUUUGAAAUCCUUGAAACUUGACAUUCCGUGCUAUUUCUGGUCUGACUCGAAGAUAACAAUUUUUUGGAUAAAAGGAAAUCCUGAAAAACUCAAACCUUUUGUCAAGAACCGGAUUGAAGAAAUUCGCAAAUUCACAGCACCUUCAGACUGUUUUUUUUUUUUUUUUUGCCCCGGAAAGGUUAACCCUUCAGAUACCUUGUCGAGGGGAGCAAAAGUUUCUAAACUGCUAGAAGAUCCAACCUGGCUGACAGGACCGCAGUGGCUAAAAAAUUCUCCAGAAUACUGGCCGAAGUCAGAAAAUGAUGAAGCAAUAAAUACAGAAGAAUUGGAAUACAGAAAAAAAUCGAGGGACAUUUUUCAAUGUGAAUGUCUUGUUGAAGAAAAGGAAAAUCCAAUCAACAUUACUAAAUUUAGUAAUAUGGAGAAGUUGGUAAGGAUUACAGCUUGGGUGAAGAAGUCGAUCAUGAAAUUUAGAAAGAUUUCUAAUAUAGGAAAUACAUUGACCGCUGAAAAAUUAAUAGAAGCUGAGAAUCAUCUGAUAAGAUUAGAACAGAAGAUAUUUUUUCAAGAAGAUUACAAAUCCUUGAAGAAUGGAGAUCCGAUUAAAAACGACUCUGAUUUGUUUAACUUUUUGCCAUUCAUGGAUGAAAAUGAAAUUAUUAGACUAGGAGGAAGAUUAGAAUUUGCUGAAUUAUCUACAGAAGGAAAACAUCCUAUUAUUCUUCCAAAACGGUCCUGGCUGACAUUUUUCAUCGUGAGAAGAGAACAUGAAAAAAUGAUGCACGGUGGAACAGCUUGCACUUUAGCGCGAAUUCGGCAACGUUUCUGGAUUCCAAAAGGACGGCAGUUAGUCAAAAGUGUAAUCAAAAAGUGUCUAAUCUGCCAAAAAUAUCUUUCGAAGGCUGCUAAUCAAAUUACAGCUCCGUUGCCGCUUGACAGAAGUAACACCUCGCCUCCAUUCUCAGCUUGCGGAUUAGAUUUUGCGGGACCAAUUUAUGUGAAAUUUUUUAAAGAAGUUCGAAAAUCCUAUAUAGUUUUGUUUACAUGUGCAGUUACUAGAUCAAUUCACCUUGAACUCGUUAGCGAUAUGACAACAGAUUCCUUCUUAUUAGCACUUCGAAUAUUUUUAGCUAGAAGAGUAAACUGUAAGGUAAUCUAUUCGGAUAACGCGAAAACCUUUAAAAGGGCGAAAAAAGAAAUAGAAGAUUUAUCAAAAAUUAUCUCUGACAAAUUACUUUCGCAAUUUCUGAUUAAAGAAAGAAUAGUUUGGAAAAAUAUAGUUGAAAGAGCUGCUUGGUGGGGAGGUUUUUACGAGCGACUUGUGAAAUUCGUAAAAGAUUGCCUGCGGAAAAUUGUAGGGAAAAUCUUGUUAAAUUUUGAAGAAAUGACUACAUUGCUUACAGAAGUAGAAAUUGUCCUCAACUUGCGAUCGCUAACUUACGUCUACAAUGAAAAUAGUGAACCUUUGCCUUUGAUACCAAUGCACUUCCUAAAUUUUGGUCGAGAACCUCAAUAUCCUAUCAAUUUCGCUGAAAUAGCAGAAAAUGAAUCGUAA